AUGGCGGCAACAUUCCUGACCGCAUUAGCCUUGGGUCUGGUGGUCCCGGCCCGACCUUCCUUUCCACGGGCCGUCUCUGCCUUCCCUUCAUGUCUGUCCCUGGCUGUCCCUCUCCCCUCCCGGGGUGCCCUGCUGGCUGACCUUCCUUUCCUCCUCCCACAGCAAGACCUGCAGGCGAAGCUGCAGCUGCGCUACCAGGAGAUCGCCAAGCGAACUCAGCCUCCUCCCAGGCUCCCUGUGGGCCCCAGCCACAAGCUCUCCAACAAUUACUACUGUACCCGUGACGGCCGCAGGGAAGCCACACCACCUUCCAUUGUCAUGUCCUCACAGAAGGCGCUGGUGUCAGGCAAGCCAGCAGAAAGCUCAGCUUUGGCAGCCACUGAGAAGAAGGCGGUGACACCAGCUCCUCCCAUACAGAAGUGGGAGCUGUCCCAGGACCAGCCUUAUCUGUGAUACUGCUCUGGGCCACCUGACUGUGCCCUCCUUGUCUUCCAUUCUGGGAGAACGUGACCUGACUUAUGACAAAUAUAUUAUAUUGUGCUCUCUAG